CAAGAACAAGAACAAUCGAUGGAACAGGGGGCUAAAUUUUGAACUUUCCAAGGGUGUAGAAUGCAAAACUAUUUUAAUUAUUAAUUAAUUUAAUUUAAUCAAGUGUCUCCCUCCAAAUAAUCCACAACGAAAGCAAGGGCGGGACGAAGGCCCCAAUGGCAGCAGCCACCCACCUCCCCCUCUCUUCUCUCCUCCAUUCCUCGCGCCGCCGAGAGCUCAAUCCUCGAAGUCUCUCCUUCAUUGGCUCUUCUCCGACCUUCCUGCGCUUCCCGCGAUCUCGCCCACAGCUCCAGCACCCAGGUUUCAGCUCCGGUCGUUCCCGGGCCGCGUAUGUCACUGCCCCAGCCUCCGAUCCUGAUUCCAUUGAUAAAGGCCCCAACCUUGAGCUACCCGUAUCGCCGACGGUUUCCACGUCGCCUGCCGCCAUUAGCUGGGCGGUCAUCUGGCCUUUGCUUGCCCGUCACAAGCUCAGGAUUGUUAUGGCGAUUAUUUCUCUGGUCGGGUGUACCUCGUGCACGCUCUCGAUGCCUUUGCUUUCAGGAAAAUUUUUUGAAAUACUUGUAGGAAGACGACCUGAGCCUCUAUGGAUCCUGCUUUCAAAGAUUGCUGUUUUGUAUGUUCUGGAGCCAAUUUUUACUAUUAUUUUUGUUAUAAAUAUGACUGCUAUGUGGGAAAAAGUGAUGGCAAGCCUUAGGGGCCAGAUUUUCAGAAGGAUAUUGGUUCAGAAGGUGGAAUUUUUUGACCGUUUUAAGGUUGGUGAAUUGACUGGUUUGUUGACAUCUGAUUUGGGCUCACUAAAAGAUGUAGUUAGUGAAAAUGUUUCACGGGAUCGGGGGCUUAGGGCACUUUCUGAGGUUAUUGGUACCAUUUGCAUACUCUUUUCGCUAUCAAUACAACUUGCUCCUCUUCUUGGCCUGUUGAUGCUUUCUGUGUCCAUUCUCGCAGCUAUUUUCAAGCGAUCUACAAUUCCUGUUUUUAAAUCUCAUGGAAUGGCCCAAGCGAGGAUAUCUGAUUUUGCAAGUGAAACCUUUUCAGCCAUUCGUACGGUUCGAUCAUUUGUAGGUGAAAAGAAGCAGAUAUCUUUAUUUGAGAAGCUGGUAUUUGCUUAUGAGAGUAGUGGAAUGAAACUUGGCACACUGAAGUCUGCAAAUGAGUCUGUGACAAGAAUUGUUGUGUAUAUUUCUUUACUGGCACUAUAUUGUCUUGGUGGAAGCAAAGUUAAGGCAGGUGAAUUAUCUGUUGGGAUUAUGGCUUCUUUCAUUGGUUACACUUUCACAUUAACUUUUGCUGUUCAAGGGGGUAUCAACACCCUUGGCGAUCUUCGUGGGACAUUUGCUGCAGUUGAGCGGAUUAAUUCUGUUAUAUCUGCUUCUGAAAUUGAUGAAGCCCUGGCUUUCGGUCUAGAUAAGGAGCUGGGCCAUUCUGACCUUGGAUUACUUAAUAAAGAUAACUAUUCUGAGAAAAUUUCAGUUUUAAAUUCACAUUACAUGUCUGCUCUAAGAUCAGCUACCAAUGGGUGUAGCCUUGCUUGGUCUGGUGACAUUUGUUUGGAAGAUGUAUGCUUCUCUUAUCCCUUAAGAUCUGAUGUCGAGGUCUUAAGUGGGCUAAACUUGACACUUAAGUGCGGAAAAGUAACCGCACUUGUAGGGCCUAGUGGUUCUGGGAAAAGUACCAUUGUACAGCUAUUGGCUCGGUUUUAUGAGCCUACGAGAGGCCGCAUAACUGUAGCAGGGGAGGACUUGAGAAUAUUUGAUAAAAGAGACUGGGCUCGUGCUGUUUCUUUGGUGAAUCAGGAACCAGUCUUAUUUUCAGUAUCUGUGGGAGAAAACAUUGCAUAUGGUUUGCCAGAUGAUAACAUCUCCAAAGAAGAUGUAAUCGAGGCAGCCAAAGCAGCUAAUGCUCAUGAAUUCAUUAUUUCGCUUCCUCAGGGCUACGACACACCAGUAGGUGAACGUGGAGGCCUCCUUAGCGGUGGGCAAAGACAGAGAAUCGCCAUCGCAAGAGCUAUUCUGAAAAAUGCUCCAAUCCUAAUCCUCGAUGAGGCUACAAGCGCAUUAGAUGCAGUCAGUGAGCGGCUUGUGCAAGAAGCUCUUAAUCAUUUAAUGAAAGGAAGAACAACAUUGGUGAUUGCUCAUAGAUUAAGCACAGUUCAAAAUGCAGAUCAAAUUGCUCUCUGUGCAAAUGGGAAGAUUGCAGAGCUUGGCACUCACUCUGAACUUUUGGCCAGAGGUGGCCAAUAUGCUUCAUUGGUUGGCACACAAAGACUAGCAUUUGAAUGAUCUGAGCUUCAUCAUUGGAUGAUUGUAUUAACAUUAAGGAUGAGAAAUACAAAAGGGAAAAGUUAUAAACCGUUAUAUUGUGUAGAUGCAAUUACAAUAAUAAAGAUGGGGUUUGGUGCA